CCAAAUUUGACAGGACGCUGCUGAAAACAACAACAAGUAGGCGGUAAACAUUUUAAUCCGAAAUUGAUUCUGCUUAAAUCUCGUUCAGACAUGGAAUCCGUGGAUGUUGAUCGCAAUUCUACACCCUCCAGUUCAAAGAAAAAAGCCAAACGAUUGCCAAUUGAUGUUCAGGAGGAGAUUGACUGUCUAUAUGAGUUUGUGCCAGAGGUAGAGGAACAUUUCCUGGUCGUCGACAAGAUUGGUGAAGGAACGUUUAGUUCCGUUUUCCUUGCCAAGAUGCGACACUAUCCAGAAAUUGAACAGAUGUUCGCCCUGAAGCACAUAAUACCCACCAGCCACCCUAGUCGUAUAGAGGGGGAACUUAAGUGUCUACAGGAAAUAGGUGGCUGUGACAAUGUGAUCGGAGUGGAACUGUGUCUACGUAACCGAGACCAUGUUGUCAUUGUUAUGCAGUAUUUCCCGCAUAUCAAGUUUCAGGACUACCUUAUGCAUAUGUCGUUUCAAGAUGUCCAUAACUACAUGUACAACAUGCUGCUGGCAUUGAGGCGCGUCCACAUGUUCGACAUGAUUCACCGUGACGUCAAACCAAGCAAUUUUCUUUUUGAUAGGGCCUCAAAUAGAUAUGCCUUGGUGGAUUUUGGACUAGCUCACAAAGCUCCACUGUCUAAAACCAGCAGCCUAUCGAAUCCCUCCACACCACAAGCGGACAGAAAUAAAGCUGCCCUUUCUGAACAACAGAAUAACUCCCAAAGUUCUGCAUCCACCACUCCUGUCAGUCAAACCUCCAAGGGAACGCCAUCAGCAUCUCCCGCGGACCCAAAAGCCGACCAGUAUACCCCACCCACCCCAAACCUCAGUAAUUCAGUGUUCGUUAAGCGUGUCAAAUCUCCUAGAAGAUUGCUACUUGCAAAGAGAGCUCUCAUGCUCCAGGAGAAGGACGAUGUGUUGUCACAAAGAAAGAGUGGUGUGCGACCUUAUCGUCCCGCCCAAUGUCAGUGCUUUGGAAAACCACAGAUCUGCUCACUUUGUUCAUCGAGAUCUAACCAGAAUGCCCCCCGUGCUGGCACACCUGGGUUUCGGUCCCCAGAGGUCCUCAUGAAGUGUCCAGAUCAGUCUACAGCUGUGGAUAUAUGGUCAGCUGGUGUGAUAUUUCUCUCACUGAUGUCUGGCCGAUACCCAUUCUUCCGGGCGAAUGAUGACCUAACCGCCUUAGCCCAAAUAAUAUCCACAUUUGGCUCCGAGCCUGUGAAGGAGGCAGCCAAGGCUUGUGGUAAAAAUUUAAUCUGCAACCCAGCUCAGAAAGCAGUGGACCUUCGAACAAUGUGCAUGAAGCUUCGUGCAGCUCCCUUGAGUAAACACCACACCAAACGGGGUUUUAAAAUAGAUCCUGCUACCGAACAGUCAUGGAAAAAUGUGCCAGACUCUUCAUUUCACCUUCUGUCAAGGUUGUUGGACUUGAAUCCCUACACUAGGAUAACUGCUGCAGAAGCACUCGAACAUCCAUUCUUUGUCGAGAUGGCGGAAAGAGAGGCGGAGGGGAUGAGUUGAUCAUUCAUGAUUUAGACAAAUGUGUUUCGUUCCAAUAUUAAUUCUUGAAUGGUGUGUUUCUAAAAGUGUGUUCAGGAAUAUUAAUGUUUCCCCUUUUCCAGUAUAUCGGAGAAGGAAAGGGCUUUAAUGUUUAAGACAAAUUAACACAGUUUAAAGUUCUGCCCACAAUUUCUCGAUAUUUCUUUCGAUUUUCAGAUAUAUCACAGAAGGAAAGGGCUUUAAUGUUUAAGACAAAUUAACACAGUUUUAAGAUCUGGCCCCAAUUUCUCGAAUCUUUUUAAGCUUAUAAGGCAUAACUAGCUUAUUUCAAGAAGCAAAAAUACAUACUUCAAUUCAAUUUUGAUAAAUGUAGUGGUUUAUUGUGAUAAUCAUAAAGAUUAAUCCUAUCUCAAGUAAUUCAAAUCUUAAAGAAGUAAAUAUUACUCAAUUUAUUGAAACACAAAAAUAGCAAGCUUAGCUUAAUCCUGUUUUAAGGGACUUGGGGAGUUUCGAGAAAUUGUGGGCAGCGGGCUAGAACUUCAGGAAUAAUCCUGAAAUCGUAAUUGACAGCUUUUGACUUCAGAGUAUUGUACCUUUGUUAAGAUUUUGUUUCUGACAUUUGCAUCAAAAACAGAAGGUAAUACCUUGAAAUGAAUGUAAAUGACUUUGGAAACUUGUUCAAAAAAUGUCUCAGUACCUUUACCCUGCUUUUUGCAUGAAUCCCUUACAUUCAUGUACAUAGACCCCCUGGCUUUUUUCAGGAUUGACACAAGUAAGCUGUUAGAACCUCUCUGAAGAUGGACUCUUGUAUUAUUGUAUACCUCGUGUGUGAAUGAUUGAUAUGUAAUCUGUGUUGUUGAGUUCUGGAUUAUAGGAUGAAUUUGUAUACAUAUAUAAUAAAAUAUAUUAUUUGUUUUA